GUAUAUUUACACUUAAAGCUUUAAGUAAGAUUUUAUAAUGGCCUUUGUAAGCCUUAUUUUUACUGCUCUUCGUUUAAAAAGUCUCCAGAAAACACUAGUCGAAGAAAAACUAGAAGCAUUAAAAGUUGACCGUAAAGAACAAGACAAAGUAAAAUUUCGUUUCAGACAUAUCGGUGUUGAUAUUCGAGUUGCUGUAAAGAAUUUCUUCAAAAGAAUAUUUAAAUGCCCGGAAGAAUCUCGUGUUCACCAAACUUGUUACAAAUUACAGCACGAGGGAAGCUGUGAAAACUAUACUUUGAAAAGCGUAUUUGGUUUUCUUGGAGGAGUUCUUUUGACGUAUCUUUUGUAUUUCUUCUUUAUAUUUCAGUUAAACGUUAAAUUAACUAGUGCCACUGUAAUUUGUUCUCUGUUAGGAUGUAUUUUAACCGUUGGUUUAGCGUUCAGUUCAAAUGUUAGAUGUAUUGUUUUAUUGACCUUACCUCAAUUUUUUUCAAAGAGAGGAAGGCAAGCACUUUUGGCCUACGCUUUUGUCCUAGCUCUUACUGGACCUGCACAAAAUACUUUAAAUAAUAUGGGAAUAUUAAGUGAAUCACUAGCCUGUGGACAGGAACAAUUAAAACAGGCUGUGAAACAAAUAAUUGACGUAAUUAAAAAGCCGUUUGUGGCAAUCAAAGAAGCUAUCAAAAAGGUGGUGAAAACCGUUAAAGAAGUGAUUAAGAAAAUUAAAGAAAUACUGUUGAAAAUAAAGAGGAUUAUAAUGGCUUUAGUUCGAGUAAUAAAGUCUGUGUUUGAAUUUCUGGGCAAAAUUAUCAAUAUCUGCAAUAAAGAACUGGGCACGCCUUUUGAGAGAUGUUCCAGAGUUUUCGAAAAUGCUAUAGCUGAUUGUAACGCUAAAUUGGGGCCGUUAUUCAGCUGGUUGUGUUCUUUGGCUUAUAUUGUCAAAGCGGUUUGCUAUAUAGUAAAAAUAUUCGAUUAUGUUUGCAUGUUGGUUGACUUUAUCAGUAAUUCUGUCGUUGGAGUUGUAAUAAGAAAAGUAAAAACUUUUGUACGUCAUAUCAAAACCAUGUUCUAUGUUCGAAUUAAAUUUUCUCAUUCAUUCAAAUACGAAACCAAGGCAUCUAAAAGUCUGACAGAAAUAGCAAAAGAAAUUGUAGCGGAAAUCAAAUACAGAAGUAAAGGAAUCGUUGCUUUCUUCAAUCUCAUGACCUCAGCUGUUAUGUUGUUCUUCUUGUACAUGGUCUUCCAAACAGCUUAUUAUAGAAUAAGAUACUUAACAAGCGAGAGAUUUGACAACAUAUACAUUACCAAGAAUUUUAGAGAUAUUGACAGAAGAAGAUCAAAAAUUGGUAGAGAAACAGUAUUGCCCUUAACUAAAAAGGAGAGCAAAACAUAUGUUCCGAUAUCUUCCGGAGCCUUAGCUAGCUCAGAAAGAAAGAAGCUAUCCAAAUCAGCAGUUUCUUUAGCCACUGCUUCUGUUAAACUGGCCACCCAUAUGGUUGCAGAUUACUGUUUAUAUUGGAUAUUGACCAUGAUAACGUAUCACGGAAGAUAUCAAUCGAAAAUUCAAGCACCUAAUCUUCCUGUUGCACAUAUUUCUGGCGAAGGAUUUAUUGCAAAACUCCUACGAGUUAUCGUCAAUGCAUUUCAACCAGCUGGAAUUCAACUGGAAAUUGAUACAGUGCCUUGCCUGCCAAUUCCAAUACCUCCAGAUUUUGACCGAUAUAUUCAAAUUGGUAUCACACUUAUGCUUUGUUGGAUAUUAACAUUACUUGAACCUUACGGGUUAAGAUUUCGAAAUUAUAUCAUGGGAUAUUACCAUCCUUUAAGAGCAAAACAAAGAACUAUUUGGUUGUACAAUCAUAUUUUAAGAUCGCGAGCCACGUUCUUGAUAUUUGCCAGAAGACAACUGAGAAGAAAAUUUGGGAAAAAAGGGACAGACUAUAUAAGCUGUAAAGAAUUAUUAAGAUCAAAAUUAAGUUGUGGUAUAUUGAGAAUUUGUCUCGGAAGUGAUCUACAAAAAACAUGUCUGCUUUGCGGAGACGUGUAUCGUGAAGGUGAUGAUAACAAAUUUUUCAAAUGUCAAACUCCUGAUUGCCCCGGUUUUUUCUGCCUUGAAUGUUUUAAGGAUUUAAAAAACAUCUGUCCUGUUUGCUUAUCUCCUAUUGAAUAUGGAGAUUUGGACGAUGCUGAUGAAGAGAAAGAUUCCUCAGGUGAUGAAUCGCCUUCCAAGAAACCGAAAAAGAAAAAAAGAAAAUGUCCAUGUUUCCCUUGUGGUAGAGAUGACAGCGAUGACCGAGAACAAUUAAUUGAUAAAAGAGAAGAUAAAGAGUAUCCGGAAGACAAAGAAGGCACCGAAGAUGAAACUGAUACAUCCACCGACUAUUCAACUACUUAUCAAUAUGAUGACACUGAACAAAAGCCAUAUCCAAAAGAUUCAGUUUUGAAAGAUGUAGAAAUGCAACCAGUUCCAGAUUAUGCCAGCAUGGAACAUUUUAGAAAUGAAAGAAAUGUAGAAGUCGGAAUAGAAAAUAUCAUUCAUAUGUCGAAAGAUGCUGGGACAAUAGUAGAAAUAGAUAUUAAAGAAAUAUGCGAUGCCGAUAUAGAAGAACAAUGUUCCGAGUCAAGUCCCCUUAUCGAUUCAGCCAGUCAGUACUCAAAUCAAUCAGAGAAAGAAACAAGGCAUGUUGAAUUCAUCGGUGUACCCAAUCGAUGCACAGAUACUAGAGGAAAAGUCAAACACAAACUAAAGUAUUUCCCAUCGCCAUCAGUAUGCAUAUGUUCAGAUCUUGAUUUGGCAGAGCAGUUUGAAGAAACUUCGUUUGUAACAUUGCCAAAAAGUACAAUGUCUACCAGCACCAGGUCAGAUUGUAAAUUUUGCAAAGCGCCUAGAGCUCAUGUUAUUUCGGCUCUAAAUAUUGGUUACGAAACUGAAGAGGAACUUAGAAACAUCGUACCAAAAUUAGAUUUGUCGUUUUUAGAUGGAGGAAUAAAUCAAUUUGACUCUCCAAAGUUUACAGAUAGAUUCACAAAUGUUAGAUAUGAGGAAAUGUGCGAGACUCCUAGUUCUUCACGAAGAUCUUUGGAAUCCUCUUCAAUCCUUUCUAGUCUUCAACACUCAUCAUCAGAUCGAGAAACUAAUCCUUUUAUUAGGCGAAGAAAUACUGAUGCUCGCCGAAUGGCAUAUAAUACAGCAUAUAGUAGAGAUAAUAUGGAUUCCUCAAGUUCGAUAGAUAGCUAUGAAAUGAACAAAACAAGAAAUCGAAAAAUUAAACAGUAUUAUGAAACUACAAAUAGACUUUGUAUGGACGAACGUUGUCAAUAUAUAAAGAAAAAGACGCCAUUUAAAGAUAUGUUUAAGAAACUGCUACCAAAGCGCAAAAAGAACAAACAAACUCUACCAUUGUAUCUAAGAGACAUCGACGAUACUGUUGAAGUGCGUUCGUACAAUUAUUCAGCCGAAAAUUGGGACAUUUUGGAUGCAGAGACAGAUUCCCCAACCUAUCCAUUCGGCAGUCGACAAUCCAGCACCGCUUCUGAAGAACAGCUCCUUCUUGGCAGCAGAAGAAUACGUGGAGGCGAAUGUACUCACCUUAUCAACUGUAAAUUGAUUGGAAGAACUUGCACUCAAAGAAUACCACAAGCUAAUUAUAUCAACAGGCAAUUGUUAUACAAAGACUUCUCCAAACUUGCUUUGCCCCCAAAGCCAAAGUCUGCCAAUGUUAUCGAUAUCUUAUCAAGAUAUUUCCUUAGCAUAGAAGACUUGACACCCACAAGAGAUCCUGGGUUUUCAAUGACAACGCCUGAAUCUUUCAGAAAUACACAGCCGGGACAAAAUAUUGAACCAAAUUUGAAGAGUGGAGAGUCCGAUUUUAUUAUAUCAAGAUCAUCCGCUGCGGUUCUGAAUCUUCCAGAAGAGGCGACACCCGCUUCUUCGGAAAGUGGUCUUAGUAGUACGGUUUGUCGAGAACUUUUUGGUGAUACUUGUCCAAAAGGAAUAACUAAGGGAGCGUCAGAAAAUACAAACCCUUUUAUGAAUGAUCAGGAAACAGAGCAAAUCAACAUUUCCAUAGAAAAUAAUUUAAAUGAUACGAGUGGUUCUAAUUUAGUAGAAAAUUCAUUUACUUCAGAAGAAAAAACUUUAAGUGACCCUAUAACAGCACAACAAAACUCUCUAACUCAAAUAAUAAAAGAGCCUUCAGUAAAAAGCAACCAUAGCAUUCCAUUAAGCGUUAAAAGUGUUAAUCAAAAGAGGAUAUCCUCACAGUUCGAAAGAACUGCUUCGGAGGCACCUUUAGAAAAAGUGAGUGUGUCAAGUAUCCAAAAGAAAGCAUCUUCGAAUUUGGAACAAGCAAUUUUGGAAGAACCAGUAAUUUUAUCAAAUAAAAGGUCCAGAGAGGGGAAGGACGAGCUAUUGUACAAAGAUAACAAAACCGAAAUUAGUCUUGUAAGAAGUUUAAACGGGGAUAAAAAGCAAUCAAAACUGACUUUACCUCAAUCAAAUACAGUCCUUCGUAAACCUUCUUUAAAACUGCAAAUAACGUUACAUAAUACAUUAAUUGAAGAGGAAGCAAAUUCUGAUAUAAUUAAUAUGAAAUCUCCUCAAAGCAAAGACAAAUUUGUUGAAACAACUGAAACUUUCCCUCUAAAACCCGACUGGCUGCUUUCCAAUGACAGCGCAGCUGGAAAAAUAGUUAUAGCCAAUGACAAAAUGCAACAAACUUCAGAUAAUGAUUUUUGUCGGUCUUCGGCUAACAUCAUCAAAACAAAUUCGAAAAACAUUUCAAGACCCUGCCUGUGUCCUUUAACUUCGGGUGAUAGUUUCAAGGUAGUACGUCAAUCGCGAGAAUACAGUGAUAUUUUUAGGCCAGAUGCUUCAACACCAAAAUACACUACAUCUGAGAAUUACUAUUCAUACGAAAUACCUGAGAAAGAUCCUAAUACACAACGUCAUUGCAAAUGCCCUGCUUGUCGCGCAAAACAAAUGAAUCGGUACAAAAAAUCUUCAGAAGAAGAAUCAUUGUCUGGUGACUGGCAGGAACAACAUCAACAUUAUAGAGCUAAUAAUCCACCAUGCAAUUGCUGCAGGUGUUUAAAUUCUCUACCACCAAUAGAAACGACGUACAGAAGAGAUACCUUCAGAACGCCAUCUCCACCACCUUUUUAUUAUCCACCUGAACAAGCUUACAAUGAACCUCGAUACAUUCAACAAGUUUAUCCCGAAGUUGCACUACCAACCAGAUUAUCCCAGGAUACUGAGGCUUCGAAAAAACCUUAUAACGUUCAUAUAGAACAUUAUCAUACCGAAUGUCAGUACUGUUGCAAGCCUCGAAUGCCUUCGCCACAGAGAUACCCUAAAAUGAAUCGAGACAGACAAUACAUACCUCGAUCAAGGUUUAGAAAACCUUACGGUAUUCCUAGAAACUACGAUCCCAGAUCUUACACUUCUACGGAAGAAACUGAGUAUAGUGAUUACGAUCCGAAUGACGAAAACAAUUUGACGGAUUUACCAUACCAAGAUAAUGAGGAUUACUUAGAAUUGGUUCAGGAACUGCAAGAUACCUUACACACCCGGAACAGAAACAGAGUAAGAAAAACUAUGCAAGAAUUCGAAAAGCGAAGUAAGCAAAAUAAGCCUUUGGAAAAACCGAUCAUAGACUACGAUCAGGCAAGCGAAAGCGAAGAGCCGAUAAUAAAAAAGAUAGAGGAAUUGAAAACGUGUAAGAAAAUGUGUUGUGCAGGAGAUAAGUGCACAUGCCAAUCGAAGAGAGAUGCCCCAAAAACGGGGUCGCUUGGGAAAGAGAAAGCCAAUGUACAAGAUCUUAGGGAAGAUGUCGAAAGGCCUUCUCAUUGGACAAUGGAUCCAGGUUCUGGAGAAUGGUAUAAGGACCAUAAAGACUCCAAAUCUAGAGGAUCAAAAAGCUCCAGAAAUAGUUCUGACGUAAGGGAGUGUUUCUGUAAAUGUAGGCAGGCUAGACGUAUGUAAAAAUCAUCUUGUUUCAUAUCUGUCAGUUUAAAAUUGACAAUAAUAAAAAUGUUCAAACGA